AUGGGGGGGAUAGAGGGUGAGGGUUGGGGGGUGGCUGGUGUGUUGGGGGGUAGUGGGGGAGGUUUGGGGGGGGGGGGGGUUGAUUGGAUGGGGGUGUGGGGGGGGGGUGGGGGGGGGGGUAUAGGGAGAUGGGGGGUAGGGGGGGGGGGGGGGGGGAUUUUUGUGUUGGGGGGUGUGGGGUGGGGAAUAUUGGUGGGGAGUAUUAAUGGGUGGAAGGAGGAUGGAUGGUGA